GGCCGCCCUGACGCGCCGCCGACCUCGGAAAUAUCUCGCUUUGAGGCUGUAGAACGCUGUUCAGCUUUCUAAUGGAGCAUGCAGUUCACAGGUUCACCGUACCUUGCUCGACAAGAGCUGCAUCGCCGACAAAGUGCAUUUGUAAGGUGGUGGGGAAGACACCGGAUGGUAUACGUCAUCUGCAUAGCUAUGUGAUCCAUUAUAAAAACUCGACAUCUAUCCACCGAUAUGCAAGUGCAAGCCAUCCGUUCCUCUAUUGGAUUUCGUUCAAUACACCAGACGACGAGACUGAAUCUCUUGCGUUAUUACACAAUGUCCACCCGCAAGGCCGUCGUGCACACCUCCGAGGGUAUCGCCAAACUCAGCAGCGAUGUCCCCUACCCGAAGCUCCGCGAUGAGUACAUCAUCGUCAAGACCAAGGCUGUGGCUUUGAACCCGACAGACUGGAAGAGUCUGGGCCCGGCAAGGAGAUCGCCCGGCGCGAUUGCUGGAUGCGACUACGCGGGUGUAGUGGAGGAGGUUGGGAAGGCAGUUACCACGCCGUUCAAGAAAGGCGACAAAGUUGCUGGCUUCGUCUUCGGAGGCAGCCCCUACAACCACGACGACGGCGCCUUCGCGUCGUAUGUCACCGCAAAGGGCGACCUCCAGAUCCGUAUCGCCGACAACAUCUCAUUCGAGGACGCUUCCACCCUCGGCGUUGGUAUCACCACCGUCGGCCAGGCAAUGUACCAAUCCUUGGGCCUCCCUCUCCCCCCAGCUAAGGUUUCCGAGCCCACCUCCAUCCUGAUCUACGGCGCCUCCACCGCAACCGGCACCCUCGCAGUCCAGUACGCAAAGCUCUCCGGCCUCCAAGUCAUCGCCACUUGCUCCCCGCACAACUUCGACCUCGUCAAAUCGCUGGGUGCCGACCAAGUCUUCGACUACAAGGACCCCGACUGCGGCAAGAAAAUCCGCGAGGCGACCAACGACAGCCUGAAGCUGGCCUUUGACACCAUCUCCGAGAAGGGCUCGUCGGAGGUGUGCUGCGACGCGAUCAGCUCCAAGGGCGGCAUGAACACGAGCCUGCUGCCCGUGAAGAACUUCCCGAGGGCGGAUGUGCGGAACGGACACACGCUGGCGUACACGGCGUUGGGGGAGAAGUUUGCGGAGCAGUUCCCCGCCAACCAGAACGAUUUCGACUUUGGCGUGAGGUUUUGGCGGUUGAGUGAGGAGCUGUUCAACAGUGGGAAGAUCAGGGCGCAUCCGACUGAAGUGAGGGAGGGUGGGUUGGCAGCGAUUCCAAAGGGAUUGGAUGACUUGAAGGAGGGGAGAGUCAGCGGUGUGAAGUUGGUGUAUCGGGCGGAGUAGAUGCUGACGUGGGGCGGACUGUACGCAUGUACGCGGCCGUCUCUGGGCUGUUUUUACCUCCACGAGAGCUGUAUGCUGACCGAACUGUCGUCUAGGCAAGCUGGGUAUUGUCAUUGCCAGAAUAAUACAGCUGAAAAGUUGUUGGUUUAAGUCAGGUGAUGAGUUGAUGUAUAAUCCAACAGCAUGGUGAAGACGUUGGGGGGCAUCGAGCAACUAGGGCGCCCGUCGUGUGAUGCAAGAAGUCAGGAUCCAGGAAGCGGGCUCCCAGUAGAUAACUGAGGCAUUGUCCAAUUCCAGC